AUGACAGAAGAAGAUGAUAGUAUGUACUUUCUUAAUUAGAUAUAAUUGCCUUUGAGGAAGAUGAUGACAAUUCGCCACCCAAAGCUCAGCCAAAAAUAUCUACCAGAUUUAAGCAUAAAUAAGUGAGAUAACAAGAGAUAAGCAAUGAACAAGCUUAAGAGGCAAGCGAAGAUGGUCCUGUUAUCAAUUUUACCAAGCUGUUCAAAACUAGUAAAGAAGCAGGAACUGGACAGGGCUUAAAAGUAGAUCCAACUUAUGUGGCUCCUAUGGCAAAAUCACUCUUUCUUAAUCCUGAUGAUAAACAAGAAGAGGAUGAUGACCCUGGAGUCUUGAAAUUAGAAGAUCCUGAGGAUUAGCCAUUACCUCCAGAGGAAGGGGAUGUUUUCAUUAAGUCAAAAUCUAACCGUUCCUAGAGGAGCACUCCUAAGAAAGAUGAAAGUAUUUUGGAUGUCAUAUAAAAAUAUGAUGGAAAAAAUAUUGAGAACAGCUUAGAAUUUUCAGUGCAUCCAAUAGGAAAAGGAACUACAGAAUAAUUCCCAGCCAGUUAAGAAAAUAGAGAUGAGUUGGUUGACACUAUUUUCAGCUAACAGUUGAAGAUCGGCAUCCAAUCAACUGAUCCUAAGACAGACUUUUAUGGAAUUUCAUUGUUGACCUAGAAAGGUAGUUUGUUUUAGAAUGCUCUUAAAAUGUCAUUAAAACGUGCUUUCAUGACUCCAAUUCUACCAUUUAUUAUAAUCAUUACUAUUCUGGAUUAUACAAUGACGUCAGUUAAUGUAAUUUUCUAUCAUUAUUUAUCAAGCAAUUUUAAUUCUUUAUUAUUUACAUCUUGAUACUUGCAACAUUGCCAACAUUUUUAUGGUAUAGGGUUUACAGAUAGGAAUUAGAAUUGGAAUUCAAAUUUGAUAGACAAUUAGUGAAUGUUUUUGAUUUUGCAUAAAAAAGAUUUAGUAGUAGAACUAUUAUUAGACUAUUUCCUGGGUGCAUAGUGUAACUAAAGAAAGGGGAAAGAGUACCUGCACCUAUGAUUAUUCUAAGUGCAGAAGGUUAGGAACAUGCUUAAGUUAAUUUUGGAGAUGAUGUAAAAACUUAUAGGGUAGCUGCUCCAAAAUUGUAAGAACCUGAUUUAACAUAUAUUGAUGGUCAAUUGGAAUUCAAUCAAUUACCUAUAUUUUCUGAAAAUACUAAGGCUAGAUUGAGAUUGGAUUUGGUGGAACCAAUAGAUGUGCAAUUAAAUUAGGAACACCUUGUAGAAGAAAAUGGAAUUGUUGAGUCUACUCAAUUGAUAGGCGUUUUACUUCAUUCAUCUACCCGUCAAAAGUAUUUGAGAGAAGCUUUAUCAUUCAAUUUACCGUUAUAUUUAAAUCCUUUGAAUUCAGAGUUUUUCAGUAUAGGAAUUGCUAUAAUACUCUCAAUAACAUUUUCAAUAGCCGGAUCAAUUUGGAGUAGCAAUAAUAAGGACAAGCAUCUAUAUAUAAGAGAAUAGAGCAAUUAUAAUUUUAUAUCCUUAUUAAUUGAUAGAUUGAUAAUCUUUAGUAACAUAGUUCCAAUUUUCGUUGAAGUGUUUCGACCAAUAUUUUUAUGGUUGGCCAGAAAGAAGGUAAAUGGUGACAUUGGAAUGGAUCCUUAAAGAUCAGGAUUAUUAACUAAGUUAAACAGCUAUAUAGCAUUGGAUAAUAUAGCAAAUACAAAGUUUGUCAAUUACGGUUAAGUAUUAAAUGAGCCAAGAUUAAGAGUUGGAAAGGCUACCUUAUUGGGAGGACCAUAAGGAGAGAAAAAAGAUAUUGAGAAGAACAAUGAUGAUGUUAAAUUACAAGGAUAUGAGCCAAAACCUAAUAAGGAAAUUAUGGAUGAUUAGAUUUAAGUAAAUUAAUCAACUGCCUUUGAGUAAAUUGAUUUAGAAUAUGAUGCUUAAUGUGAUGAUAAGGAGCGUAGUACAUUUGUAUUUGAAAGAGCAUUAUUAACUCUACCAUAUAAGACUUUAAGUUCUUCUUAAUUGGCUAUUUAAAAAUAUUGUUAAUUAGGUGAGUGUGUACAAUUUUCAUACGAUGAUAAUCAAAGAAGUGUCUUAUUACCAAAGGAAGUGUUGAGAACUUAUACAGUAAAAUUGGUUGUUAAUACUGAAUAAUGGGAUGCAUAUUUAUAUGAGAUGCCAUUGUUGGAGGAGAAGGAUUUGGAAUCAGAUGAUGAAGAAGCAUCAGAUUUACAAUAAUUGUAGGAUAGAAUUAAGAAGGAUAGAGAAUUGUUUGAGAAAAUGAAUAGCAAAAGAUAUAUAUGGGUUUUGUAGGCGGAUAUUGAAAGUACUUUAUGUAAGGAGCACCCUCAAUUAUCAUAAUUUAUGUAAGGAAAAGCCAUUUUUGAGUAUACAUUCUAAGAAUAAGAAUACUAGAGAUUGUACAAACAAUUAGGAUCAUCCGCUUUUAAGAGGAAAUACAUCCAAUUGCCUCCAUUUGCAGAAGAACAAUUGAUGACAUAAAUUAAACCAUGUGGAGUAUUCUAAUUCUAGACUGUUGCUCAUCAUAAUUUCCAUUUGUUAUUAGAUCUGAAUCUGGCUAUUAUUAGACAGUGGUUCUUCAUUAGAGAUGUAGAGAGAGAUUAAACUCUACAAUAUUUGAAAUAGUAUAUGGAAUGUGUUGAAUUCACUAAGGAUGAUUUACAUAAUGAAAUGAAUAGUGUUAAGAGUCAAGCUGUCCCGUUAUUCAAAUAAUCGACAAGAGAAUUCAAAGUGUUUGAUAAUCUGUAUAAGAUUGAUGACAAAUUCAUUACUCUGAUUAUCAAUUAAGAAGUGUUAGAUUAAGCAUUGUCAGAUGGAGAAAUGAGAUCACAGUUUUAUGAAGUCAUUAUGAUUGCAUCCUUUGUUGUCUUUCAUGAUCUUACUAAAGUUCAAAUUGAAUAACUUAUCACAUUCCAAAAAGAUCAAUCUAAAAACUAAGCUAUUGUAUCAGUUGGUCUACAUGAUGAAGAUUUAUGUUUAUGCAAGGUCAACACUGUAAGAGCAAGUGUUCAAUCCCAAAGUGCUAAAAAUCCAUCAUUAUUUUCUGCCAUGAGUCAUAUAGAAUUGGUUAAUUUAGAUGGAUUGUCCAAACUCAUCUUGACUCAUGCUAGACAAACCCAUGUAAGAACUGCUGGAUUCUUACUAUUCAUACUUUAUAAGGGUUUCCUCAUUACUAUGUGCGAAUUCUUUUUCUCAUUUUUUAAUGGAUAUUCAAGCACACAAUUGUUCACAACCAGUUUUCACUUCAUGUUUUAAACCUACUUCACACCAAUCUAUGGAUUUUUGAUCUUUUCUUUCUAUUCAGAUGUCAAUCAUCGAGUCAUUCGAAUGUUUGCUAGUGAAUUCAUCAAAUGUCAAAGGGAUUAUUAUUUCAAUAAGAAGAAACUGUUCCUUAUAUUCUUUGAUUCUGUUUAUCAAGGAUUCAUCAUAUUUUAUUUACCUGCUAAUGUAAUUUAUCCAUAAAAUUUUUUAGAUUCUGUAAUAUGCUAACAAUUAAGAAGGUAUCAUAGAAGGAUUCUAUUAUAUUUCCUUAGUUUCCUAUUUGACUGUCCUUUUAACUACCCAAAUGCAGCCAAUUCUAUAUUUAAGCACACUUUCCAAAGAAUAAAUGUAUAUUAAUAUUUAUAAUUUAGAGUUGUAAUUAUGUUCAACAUUACAAUUUGCAUAUUGAUAUUGUUCACUACAUGUUCAUCUGAAACUUGGAGUACAAGCAUCCCAUAAUAUACUCAUCAUUUAGAAUCCAUUUUAGAUAGUGUAAAGAGUGUAUUCAUUGUCAUAUUUCUAUCUUGUAUUUCUUUGACUCCAACUAUCAUUCUCUAAUAAUUUGAGACUGUGUCUGAUUCUUAAUUGAUCAGAAUGAUCCACUAUUAUGAAGAGAAGGAAGAAGUUGAAGAAGAACCAAAGCAAAAAGCUUAAGAACAAAAACCCUCUUAACCAAUAGACACAAAAUAAUUGUAAACUAAAGGAGUGGAAUAAUCAAUGAUGAUAGAAUAAACUAGUUAAGAUUAAAUCAAUAUGUCCUAGGACAAUUUAUUGCAGAAAUGA